GGUAUGUCGCCAUCGCCGUGCGCGAUCUGGGCUGUGGCUGAAAUAACAAGGCCCCAAUAAAACCCUCUUUGCAAAGUGAGAUAGGAACAAUAGCGACACGCACGCACACACACACACUCCCUAGCUCUCUCACAUACCCAUACUCAAUCAUUACAUACGGAGUGAAGGUUCAGGAGGAGUAGGACAUAGAGACAGAAUAAGAUAGAGAGAGAGAGAAAGGAAGAAAGAAAGAAAGGCAGACAGACAGAAGGACGCGGAGAGAUAAACAGAACUGUGUUCGGCUGUUGCUACUUUGGCGUUUCUUCUCUGGGCUCCUCUACCCCUGUGUUGGACUGAUAACGAGAAAAAGGAGUAGUAGUAGCCUAGAGAGAUAGCUUCAGAUAGACGAGGGCAACUCAAACAUUGCGCUCUGCUGCAGCAAACGGUUUGUUCAUUUCCUCUGUCGUCUGCGUGUCGUGUCGCCAUUGUGACGUGUUGAGAACAACACACGCGCUGUGUUCGCUGGGGUGGAUAGAUCUUUUCUAAUUCUGCGAAACGGAAGGAGGGAGCAAGCAGCAAGCUACGAGGAGGAAGAAGAGAAGUAGAAGGUAGACUCCACAGGUGGACAGAUUUUGACGUCGGCGUAACAAGAGUUGUCUUACCUUGAAUCCACGAGCCCCGAAGACGUCAAGUCCCCACAGAAGUGACGUAGACGGCAGGCGUAGCGCGUUUCUGAGCGUCAACCUCGGGCAAGAUGGCCAAGCACUGGGUCAUGGCGCUGUGUCUGGUUGUGGCUGUUGUGUGGAGCGCUCGUCUGGAGGUGGCCUGGGCCGCAACAACAGACUCGGCAGCCGGUAAUAGUGGUACAACGGCGAGUGGUAGUGGUAGUGGUAGUAGUAGUGGUAGUGGUGGUGGUGGUGGUGGUGGUGGUGGUGAUAUUGAUAGUGGUACCACAGCUCCUGCUGGUAGUGGUGGUGAUACCACAGCUCCUGCUGGUAGUGGUGGUGAUACCACAGCUCCUGCUGGUAGUGGUGAUGAUAGUGGUACCACAGCUCCUGCUGGUAGUGGUGGUGAUAGUGGUACCACAGCUCCUGCUGGUAGUGGUGGUGAUAGUGGUACCACAGCUCCUGCUGGUAAUGGUGGUGAUAGUGGUACCACAGCUCCUGCUGGUAAUGGUGGUGAUACCACAGCUUCUGCAGGUGGUGAUGAUGCCACUGUCGCCGUUGAUGGGGGCACAGCAUCAGCGUCUUCUAACAACGAUACAGCUACAACACCGGAUAGUGGAACUACUAGUACCGGCGCAGCGCCAUCUGUUGCAGGAGAUACCGGCACUCCUCAGCAGUCGAAGUCAACCACUGAAGCCCCCACUUCCGGUCCUCUGCGUUGUCAGCCUGGGGUAUCAAUAUGUCAGCACUUGGGAAGUUGUCGUAACGCCAGAGACGGAAAUUUCCUGGAAUGCGCUUGUCCACCUUCGAAGAAAUGGAUAGGAACAUAUUGUGAAAUAGAAAAUUUUUGCCUUGACUGGAAGUGCGAAAAUGGCGGCAUUUGUGAAAACGAAAAAACGAAAGCAAAAUGUAACUGUUCUGGCAUGUGGGGAGGAGAGAACUGUACCAUAGCGGACUACUGUCAUGGCGACCCUUGUCAAAAUGGCGGCACGUGCACCAGCCUCAACGACUCCUACUCGUGCGCAUGCGUCUCUGGAAAGUGGGAGGGACAGAAUUGUACCGAAGAUAUUUUGGAGUGCAGCAACACGUCACUUUGCCAGAAUGGUGGAACGUGUAACGAACUGCAGGGAAGUUACAAUUGUAGCUGCCCGGACGCAUGGAGCGGAGAUCACUGUGAGACAGAUAUACUAGAGUGCGAAAAUACCACUCUUUGCCAGAACAACGGAACGUGCAAUGAACUGCCUGGAAGUUACAAUUGUAGCUGUGUGGCUGGCUGGACUGGAUAUCACUGUGAGACAGAUAUAAAAGAGUGCUCAAAUAAUCCUUCACCUUGUAAGAAUGGCGGAACUUGCAAUGAACUGCCCGGAAGUUACAACUGCAGCUGCCAGCAGGGAUGGACAGGAGACGAUUGUGAGACAGAUAUAAAAGAGUGCACUAUUGAUCCAACUCGCUGUAAGAACGGUGGAACCUGUGAGGAGCAAGAUGGAAGUUACGAAUGCAACUGUGCCAUGGGCUGGACCGGUACCAAUUGCGAGACAGACAUAGAGGAGUGCAGCGGCGACUCUACGCCUUGCCAGAAUGGCGGUAAUUGUACUGAACUGCCAGGAAGUUACAGCUGUAGCUGCUCACAAGGGUGGACAGGGACCGACUGUGAAACAGACAUCAAGGAGUGCUUAGAAAGCCCGUCAAUCUGCCAACACAAUGGGACGUGUACGGAACAGCUUGGAAGUUUCAAAUGCGCCUGCCCCGAUGAGUGGAUUGGUGACAAGUGUGAGAAAGACGAGGACGAAUGUACGAUGAACACCCACAACUGUCACAGUGUCUCCCAGGAGUGCAGGAAUCUCAACGGAUCCUUUGAGUGCAUUUGCAAAGAUGGCUACCGAGAGGUGGAAGGACGCUGUGAUGAAAUUGUCCUGUGGCCUUCAUACGGAAACACAAGUCUGUUUGAGAAGGUGCCGGCUGGUCAGUCUCGUAAGGUGGACAUCCCCGUCUCAUUUCCCUACUUCGGCAAAGUCUUCUCAAGUCUCAUGGUGUACCCCAAUGGCUUCGUCUCUUUCGGUCCCUACGAGUUCACAGACCCGACCCCUGGACCUGCGUCCUGGCCCAACUCUCCGCCACUGUUCUCCGUCUACUGGGCAGACAUUGUGUUUGGCACCAGGAACAAAGAUGCUGGUGUUUGGAUUGAACAGGCCAGCCUUUACGACGAUGUCACUGCAAGUCCACUUCUGCUGACAAAGGUGAAGGAAAGAACCGUACACAGCUUCAACCCAGUUUGGGCGACAGCGGUCACAUGGGUACACGCUCAGCCUAAUCUCUUUGCCCAGUAUCCCAACGAUAGAGCCAGCUUCCAACUCAUCCUGGCGACGGACGGUGAAGAGUCGUACGCCGUGUUGAACUACGACAGAGUAUGGCCAAACACCGAGUACGCGGGCCGGCCUAGAGUCAGCUAUGCUUAUUCCGGUGCCAGUGGUGCAUACACAAAUCAUGAUGCCCCAGAGACUACGGGCUUCUCAUCAGCAAUGGGGACGGCGCGGGGUAUCCAGAGAUCAAAGUUGCUACGGGCGAGAGUUCUGUGUUGAAAACAGCAUUUGACCAGUGCUGUAAUCUCCCCCCUAUGACAUGUAAUCUGUUCUACCGACGGUACCCGACGUCCAACUGUUCCCUGUACGAGGCACCAAAGAUUGGCGCAGGUUUUGGUGACCCCCACCUCGAGACAUUCGAUGGUAACAAAUUCACAUUCAAUGGCUGGGGAGACUUCACAGUGUUCACACUGGAAGGCGCAAAUAAUGUAAACAUCCAACUGCAAGGCCGGACAGACAAGACUAAUGGCCAGAACUCGACUUUCUUCACAGCCUACGCUUUCAGGAUGUCUCCAGAUUCUGAUACUUACUAUUUCAAGAUGUUAGAAGGGACAGGAGCAAAGACGAUUAAAGGUCUCUGGAAGAAUGACACCAACCUUUUAAGUUCUGACAACUAUGACAUUGACAUUGAGAAAGAAAAAAUCAUUUUUGACACCAGUGCAGGAGUUUCUGUUACAAUUACACUCCAAGGUGACCACUUGAUGCACACGGUCAUAGUACAGUCUGGACUUGGAUAUACCACCAAGGGGCUCAUGGGAACUCUCAACGGAAAUAAAGCUGACGACUUCCUGUACAGUAGUGGCACCUCUAAGCAAGGCGCAGUGGAAAAUCUGAGCGGCGAAGACAUUAACAGUUUUGCUAAGUCAUGGCGUGUGAAGGAAGCAGACAGUCUGUUUAAUUAUUCUUCCCCGAAUCUUUCGUACGAUGAUGUCAACAAACAUGAAAACUUUGAGCUUCCAGUCCUCGCCACUUCUGUAGCUGCUGUGCUGGGAGCUUUUAGUGAGGACAGUGUCAAGGCCGUGGCCCAAGAGUUGUGUGGAAAUAACCUUUUCUGUCUACAAGACUACUUCCUUCAUCAGAAGAACGACUCAGCCGAGGAAGUGCUAGCCAUUUCUAACUCAGUGGACCAGGAGAAAGGAAAACUGGAGGCCGCGGAGCUGGUUUUCAAGAAUCCGGCCCAAGUGUCGGCCAACGCUCCAGGCAAUAUGUCUCUGACCGUGGACAGUGGUGUCUCGGGGGGCAUCACUUUCUCUCUCCAGGCAGACUCGCCCUUCGGAUCCCUUGAUGGCAGCAACUUUGUGUGGAACAUCACGAACAACGAAGAAGCUCUUCGGGCUUUGAAGUACCCACAGAUGCUGCAAUUCUUUGCCAAGAAUACAGAAAAUGUUACCGGGAAAUACAGGCCGACCAUCAAGGUUUGUCUCUGCGAUGACCAGACGCAGUGCAGCCUGAACCUCAUUUCUGCCGUUGACGAGGGUCAGGACCCCACAGGCAACGUGGUCAAUGUGGUGUGUGACUGUGGGGACAGGGCCUCUGGCAGGUACUGCACUGUCCCCGUUGACCCCUGCAAAAACUGCUUCAACGAGAGCUCUUGUAACAACACCCUGUCUGAAGAUUACUGCCAGCCGUGUCCCAGCGGGUACGAAGGGGAUGGUUUCGUAUGCAGAGAUAUCAACGAGUGCCUUGACAACAGCACCUGUGAGCACAACUGCAAUAACACAGACGGCUCCUAUGAGUGCUCUUGUAACACGGGCUACACGCUGCAAGGAAGCAAGUGUAUAGAUGACAACGAGUGUCUUGAUGACUCGUGUGGCGCGGACUCUUACUGCGUCAACACUCCCGGCUCAUUCAGUUGUCAGUGUUACCCUGGACUUAUCCAAUCAGGGCCAGAUACUUGUGUAAAAUUGAAGGAAAUUUAUAACGGCUCUCUGGUCUUCACAAGCAUCAAUGAUCAAAAAUGGUCGGAUGAUCUCAAAGAUGACAAGUCUGAGGCGUUUAGUAAAUUGGCAACUAAAGUGGAGACCGCCAUCAAGACGUCAGUCAACCAAUCAGCGUUUAAAGAAUUGGUUCCAAAGGUCAUCAGCUUCACACAGGUGCCCGCAGCCGCGCAGUCAAACAGAACGAAGCGUGACGCUGAUCCUGUGAGCCCGGACUCUAUACGUGCUGACUUCCUGGUCUACAGCGGUGAAGACCCUAUAACAACUACGAACAUAGACAAUGCACUCAUCAAGGGCAUUCCAAGCACUUGUACGAACAACUGUGGCUACAACGGCUUGGUAGGCGUCACAACCAAACCUUCUGUGGACGACAGUGCGGACGUGCUUUGUUCCAUCCCCGCCGUCAACACCUGUGACCCUCUCAGCACUGACGGCUGCUACGAGGUCAACCGCAACAUCUUCUGCAACUGCUCCGAUGGCUUCACAGAGAACUUUCUAGACCCUAGCUCGUGUGAAG